AUGUUUCACUUGCCAGACUACGCCCGACAGGUCUUUCUCGUCUCCCCAACUAGAAUUGACCGCUAUCUUGGCAAACUUGUCUAUUCCAUCACCUCACAUCAUGUCACGGGUACUUUCAAGUACAGAGUUAAGGACGAGAUUGCUAGAGAGAACUCGGUUGCUCUUCAUCAGAGGUGGGGUCACAGCAGCCAAGUCGCAAGAGAGAAGACUGGAGAAGAUCCACGAGAGGUGCUAGAUCUGACAGCCGUGGCCAUCGUAACAAACACAGCCAUAAAAUUUGCGUACAGGAUCGAGCAAGAUGCUCAAGCCACCCUGGAAAAACCAGCUGCUGCAUUCAAGGUCGACACAAGCGCAAUUACAAAGCAACCCCAAGCAGAGCACAGCAUUGCAUUAGAGAGCCACUUCAUCCCUGCUUAUACCACGCUCUCCACAUUCCAUUAUUUCUAUGCCAUAAAAAAGUUGCUGACUGGCAGCAGUAUCAAGAUUGAUUGUGUAGACUCUUGUGGAAAUCAACGUCCGUCCAAGGUUUCCGAAGGCUACCCUGCCAUCGACGAACUGAUUCGGAGUAUCAAGAUCUUGUUUGACACGAGAUAA